AUGCUUUCACAGAUGGUUCAGCAGCGAAUGCUAUACGAAAUGGUGGAAGUGGAGCAUAUAUCAGUUAUCCAGAUGGAUCCUCUGUCUCCUUUUCCAACCCCAGUUGGAGAGCUAAGCUCAAACUACAGAGUAGAGGUGCAAGCCCUUAUCAUCGCAACAAAACAUCUGACUGCGGAAGGACAACAUAACAUAGUGCUUUUCACCGACUCCCUGUCUGCACUCCAGUCACCUUCAUCAGGACACACAGACCAUAGCACCAAACUGCUGCAAAUUAAGCUAACAUUCCUUGCCCAAAGCCGAAAAGUGACCAUCCAGUGGAUCCCAGCACACAUAGGAGUUGCAGGCAAUGAAAAAGCAGACCAACUGGCCAAAACAGGUAGCUGCCUUCCACAAACCCAACCUCCAUCUCAUACGAUGAAGCCAAGAUUCUUCUAA